AUGCGAAACUGGAUUUCCAAUUCGCCGAGCGUUGUGGAGGCGAUGAAGGAAAAGAAGACCGUCGAGAAGAGCUUGAAUCUCGCAGUAGAGCUUGGAACAGAGAAGGUUCUGGGCAUGUGGUGGUGCACGCUUACCGAUACGUUCACCUACAAGCUCUCGUCAAAGCACGAUCGGGAUCUACUCGAGCGCCAACGGAAACCGACGAAACGGGAAGUUCUAAUGGCUGUUUUCGAUCCUAUUGGGUUAAUAUCGAACGUCCUCAUCUACCUCAAGGUUUUGUUUCAAGAGAUUUGGCGAGCUGGCAUCGGUUGGGACGACGUGAUACCAGAAAGUCUCAGCGAAAAGUGGGAGAAAUGGUUGGAGAUCCUACCAAAAGUCCAUGAUGUCAGCAUACCACGCUGCUAUCGCUCCCUGACGCAACUAGAUCCACAAACAAACAUUCAAAUGCACACCUUCGUAGACGCUAGUCUCUCAGGUUACGCAGCUGUCGUAUAUCUACGCUUCGAGCAGGGAAACACUGUGGAAUGUGCUAUAGUCGGUGCUAAGACACGUGUGGCUCCCCUCAAAUUUGUAUCUAUUCCGAGGUUGGAGUUACAGGCCGCAGUCAUUGGAGUCAGGUUGGCAGAUAGAAUCAUGCAGUCGCUGUCGUUCCAUGUUCAUCAGCGGUUCUUCUGGACUGACUCUCGCGACGUGUUGUGUUGGAUUCGGUCAGAUCAUCGGCGGUAUUCGCAAUUCGUUGCAUUCCGCAUCAGCGAAAUUCAGGAAACAACAGAGGCAGCAGAUUGGGGACACAAGCGGUCGAAAGAAAAUGUCGCGGAUGACGCUACGAAAUGGCAGAGAGUGCCAGACCUAACCGAGAACAAGGAAACUACCGACGAAGAACUACGAGCGAAUCUCUUCUUCCACCAGGCAAAACCUGCUCCAGUGAUAAACGUUCAAGAUUAUUCAUCAUGGAAGCGCUUGUUGCGCGCAACCGCUACGGCAUUGAGGGCCGCAAACAAAAUUCAGCGUAAUGCGGAUAGCAAGGAACACAUUACUGGACCAUUGUCCGCUGAGGAACUUCAAGAAGCCACAGUCUACCUGUAUCGACUGGCUCAAGCGGAAACAUUUCCGGAUAAGAUAGGAGUGCUCAGCGCAGGACCCAGAAAGAAAGACGUUCGCCUCCGAUGGGCGAUCUUCCUGCGGCAAGGCUGGCGGCUUUCACUAGACCAUUCUCGUUCAUUGGCAUCGAUUAUUUCGGGCCUAUGUUAG